AUGAUGAAUCUACUGCUCUACAUGUGCAUCACGGCAGUGAAGAGCUUGCGUGAGUCCGAGAUGCCGCGGACCGUGACGGCAGUAGCUCACACUCCACAGAUGGACAUUAUUCAAAGGAUAACAAUAUGUCAUCCUCCGGUAUGUCAAAUGUGUAGUGGUUACUUGAUUUCUCCAAGUCGCUACCUCUUACUCAAUUGCAUGGCGAUUCAGCUGCGUUACCCAAACUCGCACGCGUACUACUUCUCCAACACGCUUCUCUACCAGUUUGCGGAGCAGUCGAAGGAGCAGAUGAAAGAGCUGAUUAGUCGUGUGUUGAUGGAAUCAGGUGCCUAA